CCGAAGCGCCGUGAGCGAAGAUCGAGGCUCCUUUCCCCCGGCUCAAGCGGCGCCAUGGGGAUCCAGGGCCUGCUGCAGUUCAUCAAGGAGGCUGCCGAGCCUUCCCACGUGAAGAAGUACAAGGGGCUGGCGGUGGCUGUGGACACCUACUGCUGGCUGCACAAAGGCGCCUAUGCGUGCGCGGAAAAGCUGGCCCGAGGAGAACCCACGGAUCUUUAUGUAGCUUUCUGUAUGAAACUUGUUGAGAUGCUACUUUCAUUUGGAAUUAAACCAAUUUUGGUAUUUGAUGGAUGCACCCUACCCUCUAAGAAGGAAGUGGAAAAGGCCCGACGAGAGAAGCGUCAAGCCAGUCUUCUGAAGGGGAAACAAUUGUUGCAGGAAGGGAAACUGUCAGAAGCCAGGGAAUGUUUUGGGCGCAGUGUAAAUAUUACCCAUGCUAUGGCUCAUGAAGUUAUUAAAGCUGCACGAGCCCGGGGAGUUGAUUGCAUUGUUGCUCCUUAUGAAGCUGACGCGCAGUUGGCUUAUCUUAAUAAGAUUGGCAUGGUUCAAGCUAUAAUUACGGAAGACUCUGAUCUUUUAGCUUUUGGAUGUAAAAAGGUGUUUCUGAAAAUUGACAAGUUCGGAAAUGGACUAGAAAUAGAUCAAGCUCGACUAGGGAACUGCAAACAGCUUGGAAACGUAUUUACAGAAGAGAAAUUCCGCUAUAUGUGUAUUCUUUCUGGUUGUGACUACCUCGCAUCAAUUUAUGGAAUUGGGUUAGCUAAAGCAUGCAAGUUAUUAAAAUUAGCCAACAAUCCGGAUAUUAUAAAGGUUAUUAAGAAAAUGGGGCAGUACUUGAAGAUGAAUAUAACAGUACCAGAAGAAUAUAUACAGGGUUUUACACGAGCCAAUAAUACCUUCCUUUAUCAGUUAGUUUUUGACCCUCUCAACAGAAAAUUGGUUCCUCUUAAUGCAUAUGGAGAUGACAUUGAUCCAGAAACACUAAGUUAUGCAGGACGACAUUUUGGUGAUGAUACUGCUUUUCAAAUUGCCAUUGGCAACAUUGAUAUCGAAACAAUGGAACAAAUUGAUAAUUAUAACCCUGACACUGCACAGCUUGUGCAGCAGAGAAGUUGCGGCUGGAAUGACAAACGUGAUAAUCGUGCAAAUAGCAUUUGGAGCAGAGAAUACAAGUUUGGCCCUACUGAAGAUACUGUUCCUCCUAAAAUGCACUUACUAGACAAACCAACAACCAAAGGCAUGGAGAAAAUAAUUAGCAUUAAAGGGCUAAAACUUCCAGGCAAAGAGGUCUUGGCAAAAAGGUCAAGGAAUGAUUUAGAAGAAGUCUCAGAUGGAGAUCUGUUCAAGCAAUAUUCAUUUACAAAAGCAAAAAGAGUCAAGAAGGAGGAUGAUCAUGAUGGUCAAGCACAAAAGAGUGUGUCUGCAAUACAAAGCCUUGAUUCUUCAGGAAAUUCUGUCACUCAAGAAAGCUCUAACUCCCUACCCAGAGUUAGAAAUAAAUUUGCUUCCUUUUUACAAAGGAAAAACAAAGACAAGGAUGCUGUAACUGUUCCAGGAACAAGAAGCAGGUUUUUCUGCAAGGAUGCAAUUGUGUUUGAUGAUGGAGCAAAGAAAGAUGAUGAUCUAACUCAAAAUGCUGAGCAGGAUUGCCAGAAACAGGAAAUAAAAUAUAUACAAGAAGAUGUUUCUCAGUUUUCAGAAGCUGAAAAGUCUACAAGGACUGUCUUUACACCUCCUGGAGAAAAGCAGAAAAGUUGUUUCCAGUGGUUUAGCAACCUCGUAAGUAAUUCAGGAAACCCUGGUCCAUCUCAUACUGUAUUUUCACAGCAGUUUCACCAGGAGAAAAGCGGUUGUGUUGUAUCCCAGGAAGAUCAUAUUAAUGGAGUUCAAACAGAGAAUGAGGCAGUGUGUGAUGAAUUGGAGGAAGAGUCCUCCCCCUUAAUAGAACUGGAACAGUCAUCACAGUCUUGUGAGCCAUCAGAACAUAGUUUGGAGUCUUCAGAGAUAUUGCAAGUGUCCAACAACAGUUCAGAUGCAAAGGAAUCUGACUCCAGUUCAAAACUGGCUGAUGAUAAACAUACUCCGUCUCUGGCAUUUUCUGCUGUUCGAACUGACAAAAAAAAUACAAUCAUGAAAACUAAGGUUCCUGGUUUACAUAAAUCCAGUAGUACAAGGUCACGUAUUGUAACGAAGCUCAAACCAUGGAUACCAGCUAAAGUAAGUGGAUUAAGCAGGAAACUGUCACCUGUGCAGAAGAGAAAUGACUGUGAUGCUGAAAAUAAGCUGGGACUGCAAGUUACUGUUAGUGAGCUCUGGAAAAGCUUCCAGUUUAAAAGAGAGUACGAAAAACUUCCUUCGUGUAGAAAGUCAGAUCCUUUAUCUCCAAUCAAAGAUAAUAUACAGCUCACUCCAGAAACAGAAGAGGAAAUCUUUAAUCACCUGGAACAUAGUCAUGUUCAGAGAGCUAUAUUCCAAUGAACUGCAUGCUCUUCACAAUGGGAUGGAUUUUUAAUCAUUGUCAAAAUUUACCUUGUGGAUAUUUCAUCAAUAUAGAAAAGGUGCUUUGUAAACCAGCUAUAUAUUUUAGUCUGACUAUUGAUUUAUCAUCUCUUUUAUAAAAGCGUGAAUUGAAAGGUACAGUUCUAUAUUGACUGGAAUAAAAUAAUUCAGAUUCCCAUGUUCUCUUA